AUGAGACCGAAGCGAAAACAGACGUUCGAACAUGAACAGCUUCAAUCCUAUCAGUUUGAUUUUAAUAUUGAUGAAGCAAAUGUAACGGAUAAUGAAACGACGACUGAUGUUGCAGUAACACCACUGCAUGAUGAUUUACAACAACAGGAUUUAACGCGAGAUCAAUUACAACAAUUAUUCUGUCGAGCUGGUUCUGCAUUAGUUGCAGAAACAACAGAUGAUCAGAAGUUUUUUAAACGAAAAACAACAAUCAAAGUAUCAAAAACAAGUAAAGUAAUAAAAACACCAUUUCCACCUCCUGAAUCAGAUCGUCAAGAGAAUUUUGCCAUUAAUAUUGAACAAUUGAAGCAGUUGGCUAAUAAAUCGACAGGUCCACUGAUCAUUGAAAGACAUUCUCCAAAUGAACAAGAAAUUGAUUAUGCAUUAGCAACCAUUGCAUUCACAUUUAAUCAACCCAUGAUAAAUAUUUCAACACUUGAUGAACAGAUGAAUCCAGAAGAUCUAGGUCUAUCAUUAAUGCUAAAAAUAGAUGGUCGAUGGAGAUGGAUAGACACGAAAACUGUUCAGUUUGAAGCCAAACAUCGUUUACCAUAUGCAACAAAGUAUACACUCAGAGUUGACAAAGAACAUUGCGUGUCAGCAAUCGGAGGAAAGUUAGACGAUGAAUUUUUGUUUGAAUUUUCAACACAAGAAUUACAAGUUCAUCGAUUCUUACCACAUGGAACAGUUUCAACAUUAAGACGUAAAUGUUUCCUGUUAUUCAAUCAAAAAAUUGAUAAAAAUGAAAUUUUCAAGCAUAUUUAUGUAAUGCGUGGUGAUGGACACAAAAUGCAAAGCCACGAAUUAGAACUAGUAGAUGAAGAAACAACAAAAAAUGAAUUUAAAUCGUUCAUAAAUGAAGAUGAAGGAAAUCAUCAGCAAUAUCUUGCAUUUACAUUUAAACACGAUUUAUUAAAGACAACGCAGUAUACAAUCCAAGUACCUGAAGACUGCCCAUCAGCCGAGGGGCCACUGAAGACGAGAUCCGAGUGGUCCGCUAACUUUGAGACUUAUGAACCUUUGAAAAUAAUUGAUUGGUUUCCAAAUAAAGAGGAUACGUAUCGACAGACUGCUGCUCCUGGUCAACGUUGGUCGCUUACAUUCAAUAAUUCAUUAGAUCACUCAACAAUUAAAAAGUCCAUAUUCAAAUUCGAGCCGGAAGUCAGUGGUUUAGGUAUUGAACAUAUUGAAUACAAUGAUCGACAAAUAUUAAUACAUAAUGACUCUCAACCGAAUACCGUCUAUACAUUGUUUAUACAAUCAGGAAUAUUGGAAGAUAUUCAUGGUCAACCAUUAGAGCAUGAUCAUUCCGAUCAGCCAAUUCAGUUUCACGUAGAUAAUUUAAAUAAACCAUUAUUUGGAACUUUACGGUGGGAAUCAGGUAUAAGAAUGUUUGUUUCAGGUAUGAUUACAAUGGAUCCUGGUCUAUUAGAUGAACCGUACUACUCAUUAAUAGUUUGUAACUAUGCAGCAUUAGUAGUUUGUAACUAUGCAGCAUUAGUAGUUCGUAUUAAUCAAGUCAAACCAGAACAUUACCAUUCAAAUCUACCAUAUUACAGGGAAUGUUUUAACGAAGAAGAAGACGAAGACAAAGACGAAGAGCAAAAAUCUUAUAGUAACUUACCUGAAGGUGAAGCAAAAGUGCCUACUUAUGCUAAAGGUAUAGUCAACUGUACAAUUUAUGAUUCUCGACGUGAAGAACUUCAACAGUCAAAAGUAAAAUUGAGUCGUUAUGGAACAUUUGAUAUCAAAUUUACAUUACCUGACAACGUUAACUUAGGUAAAGGAUAUGUCGACUUCAGUUUACCAGAUUCAAAAACUGGUACAGAACAUUAUUUUCAAAUUCAAGAGUUUCGAACACCAGAGUAUGAAGUUUCAUCAAUAAUUCGAUCACCAGUAGCAUACUAUUGUCACUCAACUGUCGAUCAACAUGUUAUAGCUAUUUGUGAAGGACAAAUAAUAGGUGGUGGUCAUCUAAGUGGUGCGAAUGUUCAAUGGACAGUACACGCUGAAGCAACAAAAUUUAUACCAGGUCAGCAUGAAAUAAAAAUUACUUAUCAUGGUAUCGAGGAAGAGCCAAGCCCAAUAAUUGUUUACGCAUUAGCAGCUAUUACUGAUUUGAAUUCUCAAACACAACAAACACGAGCAAAUUUUCUCAUACAUCCAUGUAAAUAUUAUGUUGGAUUUCAGUUCGUAAAGAAUUAUGGUACGAAAGAUAAAUCGGUGAAAACAAAAGUCACUGUAACAGAUAUUGAUGGAAAUUUAAUUGAUAAUAUUUUGGUUCAAUGCAAAGUAGUUGGAUAUGGCAAGGAAUAG